UUAAGUGUAAACAGUAAACACUUUAAAAUAUAUAUAUAUAUUGUCAUGCUUCAAAUGAGGAUUUCCGUAAAAGCUAAACAAUUGUACUGAUUACUGUAGUAUUAUAAUGUACCAUAAAUAAAACAAGUUUUGAAUGAACAAACGCAAAAAAAUAAAAAUUGUUUAAUAAUGAUGAAAAAAUAGAGUGUAUACCAUAAAAUCAAAAUGGAUCCAGCUUUACUGAGGGAAAGAGAAUUAUUCAAACUCAAAGCUUCAGCUAUUCCUGUUGUUGAAAAAAGAAUAAAAGAAGAAACCAGCAAUAAAGAUGAAGUUAAAAGAAAAUCUAAACCAUUACCUUCUAUGCCAAGACCACCUUCACCACCAAAUACAUCAAGUUCUUUGAAUUACAAGUCAUAUGGGCAAAGUUCUCUGUAUAAAUUUGGUGUACUCACCAAAAUAGUUAAGUAUAUAAGAGCUAGGCAUCAAGACGGUGAUGAUCAUCCUUUAACAUUAGAUGAAUUAUUAGACGAAACUAAUCAGUUAGAUGUGGGAACUAAAGUUAAAACGUGGUUAGAGGUUGAAGCACUUCCAGGGAAUCCUAAAAUUGAACGUACACCUGAUGGGAAAUACAUGUUUAAGCCUCCUUAUAAACUUAAAGAUAGAAAAGCAUUAUUAAAAUUAUUAAAACAACAAGAUUUGAAAGGUUUAGGAGGAAUUAUGUUGGAUGAUAUUCAAGAAUCUUUACCAAAUUGUGAAAAAGCUCUUAAGCAUUUGCAAAAUGAAAUAUUAUACGUAUCUCGACCAGGAGAUAAAAAAAAAGUUAUGUUCUACAAUGAUAAAUCUGCAACUAUUGAUAUUAAUGAAGAUUUUAAAAAAAUGUGGAGGAGUAUUACAGUGGAAAAUCUUGACGAUGAAAAAAUAGAAGAACAUUUGGAAAAACAGGGUAUAAGUUCCAUGCAAGAUAACGGUAUCAAAAAAGUUAAUCAUGUCAAAAGAAAAAAACCAGUGACGAAGAAAAGAAUUUCUAAGAGACCAAGAGAUAAUGAACAUUUAGCAAAUGUUUUGGAAGAUUAUGACGCUCUGUAAAUCUUUUUAAUUUGUAUAGACAUUAUUAAUUGUAUUGUUAAACUAUAAAGUAAAAAAAAAAAA